CGUAAUUUUACGCGGUCAUGUAUGAAAUACCACAAUCCCUUGUCAGGGGCUAAUCAAUGUCCAAUAGGUGCCUCAGGCACGAAGCUUGCGAAUCCGCGGGUUAACAAAUAUCGUUGAAAUUUUGUACGUAUGUAUGCAAGUAUUAUUGCACCUCGCUCCAACCAGCAAUUUCACUUGCUCACCAUGGACCGGUGCGGCCCUCGGACUUUUCGGUCACGGCCCCGGCCCCGGCUCCGACUCCGAGAUCAAUCCACUUUUCCCGGCCCCGCGUCGCAUCCGUUAUCGGACGAGUCCGACGGCGGAUCCUUCGCCUGCCUUACCAUAGCCGACUGACAGCCGUCGCUUGCGGUCUCGUUGCUGCCAAAACCACCGAAGUCGGCUAUCUCGUCGACGUCUGGGUGCAGUGCUGAAGCUUCAUGCGCAGUUCAAUCGACAUUCCCUUUCCCACCAACAAACACUCCACCAUGUCUUCCUCUUCCCAAAGUACAACCAUUGCCCAGAACAACCUGAUUGCCCUCGCGGCUCGGGGCAAGAUCUGCACCAGCCUCGGCGUCAAGAUCUGUCGGGGCGUGGAAAUCGUGCACAUUGCCAAGGCAUCCGGCUACGACUCGCUCUUCAUCGACCUGGAGCACACGUGCAUGACCGUCCAGGAUGCAUCCCAGAUCUGCAUUGCGGCCGUUUCAGCUGGGAUCACCCCGUUUGUGCGGGUGCCACAUGAGUGCGGCCAGGGCAUGAUACAGAAGGUGCUUCAUGUCGGUGCCAUGGGCGUGAUCGUUCCUCAUAUCCAGGGGGUCGAGGACGCUAAAAAGGCUAUCGCGGUCACCAAGUACCCUCCCCACGGCACUCGCUCGCUCAGCGGCGGGUUUCCCCAAUUCGAGUAUGCCUCGCCCCCUCCCCAGGUGCUGAUGCAAGAAGCCAACCAGUACGGCUCGCAAUGCUUCAUCAUGAUCGAGACGGUGGACGCACUGGCCGCCGUGGAUGACAUUGCCGCCCUGCCUGGCUGCGAUGUACUGCUUGUCGGGUCACAGGAUUUGGCCGCCGAGAUCGGGACCUCGCCAGACUGGGACCAUCCCGGAUUCUGGGACUCGCUCCAGAAAGUGGGCAGCGCGGCCAAGAAGCAUGGCAAGCUGAUGGGGGUUGCUGGUCUGUAUCAUCGUCCAGAUAUUCUGAGGAGAGUCGUCAACGAGCUAGGUGCUAGGUGGGUUGUGGGCUCACACGAUGUCGGCCUUUUGCUAGGGGGUGGUCGUGCCAACUCGGAGCUCUUGAGAGGACUCCAGUCGUGAGGGCUGAAAAUGAUAUGGAAAAUAAGAACAAAGAGUCCACGACACCCAUUUGACAGCAAGUGACCAAAUGGCUCGAGCGAGGCUGGCCUUUUUCGCGGAAACAUUGGCUUCUUUCUGAACUUGGACUCUCCUCUGCACUCAGAUACGACUGAAAGUUGACUUGAAGUGUCAGUCUCCUCCAGCUUUACGAGUCGACCAUGGUACUAUGAAUCUGUACCGAUGGCAGCCCUGUGCCAUUGCUUGGUUCACCUCAUCGUUGAAAAAUUACUAGCUACUGCUCACGCUAAACAUACAGUAAGUAUCUGAUCUUGGCUGGCGAAGGAUAUACGUAGGGGUUUGUCUGCUUACCCUGGACCCCGUGGG